CAAAAGAAAGAAGAACGGAAAAGAACGCGUUCGUGCCGUGAAUUUUGGUUGAUUCCGCGUUCUUCGACGUGCCUGGGAAAUGUCGCUCGUACGUCUUUCCCGCGUGGCCCGCGGCGAAAACCGUGUCCGUGUCUCGGCUUCGAGGCUCGUCCGUUAACGCGAUGAAAAUCCGUCUCGUUGAUCGCGCGAUAUCGAUCGUCGAUUAACGGGUGACCGUCGAAGUCUGUUUCGAUCAUCGUCGAUCGUUAUCGAGACGAGCGAAUAACAUGGCCGCAAUUUCGUGCUCGGGAUACCGAUAACCGAUUACGCGAUUUUCCAUUUCCGCGCAGACUUGCCGCCGCUUCGUCUAGUCGCCGAAUCGCUGCUACGACGGAUAUUACCGCGCGGUGGAUAUCCUCGCUCGCGUUUACGAGCGACUUGGGGAAAUACAGAGAGUAGAAAAGAAGACCGGAAGGCUGGAUCACCUCCGUGGAAUGUCUUCGAGCGCUAAGCGACUGGUGCAGUCGCUUAGGGGCCGCAGCGGGGGUAGUAGAGGCAACAGCGGUGCUCGUGGAGACACAGGGGGCGAAGGAAGCGGCGGGGGCGGGGGCGGCGGCGGCGGCGGUGCUAGCACCAGCGCGACCAGAUUAUGGCAUUAUGACAGCGGGCACGAGCUCGACGAGAUCUCGGUGGUCGGUGCUACCACCAGGGGCAGCGAGGGUCUUCCUACGCCCACGACACCCUGUCACUGCGGUGGCCUCAAGUAUGGCAGCGGUCAAACGCUCUACAGUAUCGCCGGCCUCGUGCCACCCGCGCCUGCUACGUCCACUCACGGAGCCCAUUCAGGUGUUAUCACGUCGAGCAGCGGCGGCGGUGGUGCAAGAGAUCGCUUCAGCGGUGGUUCCACUUCCGCUCUGAGUUGCGGGGGCGAGAAGCACCGCGAGGACAAGCAUGGAAGGACCGGGGACGGGAAAUCAUGCGUUAGAAGGGAAAGGGAGGAGGACACGAAAAGCGCGGACAACGUGUCCAGGAGUGCUUUGCAAUCCAGACAAAGUCUCUUGGAAUUAGUCAGCGGUAAAUACAUGAAUCGUCACACGCCCACGCAUCAUUAUUAUCAUCAGCAACAGCAGGUGUACUCUGUGCCGCAGCGAUACUUCAGCUCGUCCCGCGAUUCGCUUCAGGGAGCUUAUGUGAAUCGAGGGGCGAGCGAGCUCGACCUGAGCCGCAAGCCAAAAAGAAAGGACCAGCUCAGAGGUAGAUUCAAGCUGCCCUAUGCGGUCACCCUGACGCCGUCGCGCGACCAAUCCCAUCUUCAUACGCCGGCGUCCGUGAAUCAUCUGAGUAAUAGCAGCUGCAACGGCACCGAGACUAGGUACACCGUGCAGCAGCAACAACAACAACGUGGUAGCAGGGGUUACCCCGGCCAACCGGGUACAAAGGGUUUUCGAACGGGCGCCCCUAACUGGUCCUUCAUCUUCGAUCCCGCGGGACGUCUCUGUUACUAUUGGUCGAUGGUGGUGUCCCUAGCCUUUCUGUACAACUUUUGGGUCAUCAUCUACAGGUUCGCCUUCCAAGAAAUAAACGGGGAAACACGCUGGGUGUGGUUCUGCUUGGAUUACUUCUCCGAUUUUUUAUACGUGCUGGACAUAGUAUUUCAUAUAAGAACGGGUUACCUGGAGGACGGCGUGUUGCAAACCGACGCAACGAAACUGCGGAACCAUUACACGAACAGCACCACAUUUUACAUGGACAUCCUGUGCCUGCUGCCCCUCGACUUUUUAUACUUAUCUAUAGGAUUCAAUAGUAUACUGCGAAGUUUUAGACUUGUAAAAAUAUAUCGGUUCUGGGCGUUCAUGGACAGAACCGAACGACACACGAAUUAUCCGAAUUUAUUCCGCUCCACCUCCUUGAUACAUUAUUUACUGGUGAUCUUUCACUGGAACGGGUGCCUCUAUCACAUUAUUUAUAAGAACAACGGCUUCGGCAGUAAAAACUGGGUGUUCAGUGACUCCGAGACCGCGGAUGUUGUAAAACAGUAUUUGCAGAGCUACUACUGGUGCACGCUGGCCCUCACGACCAUCGGUGAUCUACCCAGACCAAGAAGCAAAGGCGAGUAUUUGUUCGUAAUAGCUCAGCUGCUGUUCGGUCUACUGUUGUUCGCCACCGUACUCGGACACGUGGCCAACAUCGUUACUUCCGUCAGCGCAGCCAGAAAAGAGUUUCAGGCAAAAUUAGACGGCGUGAAAACUUACAUGAGAAUGAGAAGAGUACCGAAACAUCUUCAAGUGAAAGUGAUCAAAUGGUUCGACUACCUCUGGUUAACGCAAAAAUGUUCCGACGAGGAGAAGGCUGUCAGCUGUCUUCCCGACAAACUAAAAGCUGAGAUCGCGAUAAACGUGCACUUGGAUACGCUGAGGAGGGUGGAGAUUUUUCAGAACACGGAGGCUGGUUUCCUGUGCGAGCUCGUCCUAAGACUGCGGCCCGUUCUCUUCUCACCUGGCGAUUACAUUUGUCGCAAAGGUGAGGUAGGAAAGGAGAUGUACAUAGUGAACAGGGGCCGACUGCAGGUUGUGGCCGACAAUGGGAAGACGGUCCUCGCUACCCUUAAGGCGGGUUCCUACUUCGGGGAGAUCAGCAUACUCAAUAUGGGGACUGCAGGUAAAGAGUGCGGUAACCGACGAACAGCCAGCGUGCGCUCGGUGGGCUACUCGGACCUCUUUGUACUCAGCAAGAAGGAUAUGUGGGACGUCCUGAAGGAAUACCCUGCAGCCAGAAUCCGCCUCGAAGCCAUUGCAGUGAAAAGACUCGAGAAAUAUAAACGGGCACCGCUUGAAAAAGCUGCGAUGGGAAGAUGCCAGAGCACACCAGGACUCGUGGAGUCGCGAGGACGUAUAUCGCUGGAGGACAUGUGGGUAUCGCCCGUGGACGCAAAGUCUGCUCAUACGUAUUCAGCAGGGCACUCGUUGUUCUCUGCUAGUCCAAGUCCGGUGAUACCACGCGGUUUGACUAGCACGGGUAACAACAUCAGCUCGAACAACGUUGCAAGAAGCAUGGACAGCCCGAUGAGUGCCACCAGCAGCGGCCACAGUAGCGAGGAUCAGACCGCCAGGGCACCGCAAUCUGCUGCCACACAAAUCUCCACUGGCAGGCAAUCUACCCACUCUGGCAACGAACCAAAACCGUUCUUUCCAGGCAUGACCUGUAACAGCAUCACGCAAUUGGUCAGCGAAGGUACUACGCCGCUAUUGGAUACCCACGAAGCGUUGCUGGCCGAGAUCAAACGGCUUCGAGAGCGGCUGGUUUGCCUGGAGACCGAGAACGCGACGAUGAGCGUGAAACUGAAUCAACAGCAAUGGGAAGUGGAGCACCGAUUGGCCGAAAUCGAGAUGCAGAUCUGCGGGGCCAGCUCGACGUCGAGCGUGGAAGACAACAACGAGAGAAAUCGAGAAAGUAUCAUUUAACAAGAAACAAGGCCGCGAGAGCGCGGCAAAACCAAGACGGGCCGAAUGCGACACUAUCUGACGGAUGUCACCGACGACAGGUACGUUGGAAACGAUCAAGACGAUCCGGACGGGGCCAGAGUGUCCGGCAGAUCCAGCGACACGAAAUCGAUCGGUAGCCUCAGUCAACAUUUCUUCGAAAGCGACGAGGACGAACAAUAUUACGG